CGUAUUCACGUAUCCCAGUUACGCCGAAUUCGGCUUGUAGAAGCUAAGGAGCUACGCUGGCGGCAGUAAAGAACCAUCGCUGAGACCCUGGGAGCCCGGAACCGCCUGAGCUGGCUGAUUGUUCAUUCAUUGGCCGGGCUGGGAGGGAUGGCUGCUGUGCUGGCAGGAAUGGCGUGUGUGUAGGAGCCUGGGGCAGGCUAUUGGGUAAAGUUAUCAGUCAGGUAUCAAUAUAUUGCCCAGACUGCCUGAUCAAUAAUAAUAUUAAUUCAUAUUAUCAGCAGUAAGGGAAUGCUCACAGCCCUGGAUGGUGAACUCAGAGUCAUUCUGUGAGUGCUGGGUGUGGGAGUUAUAGUAUCAGUCAGGGAUCAAUAUAUUGCACAGACUGGCUGAUCAAUAAUAUUAUUAAUUCAUAUUAUCAGCAGUAAGGGAAUGCUCACAGCCCUGGAUGGUAAACUUAGUCAUUCUGUGAGUGCUGGGUGUGGGAGUUAUUAUAAUUUUAGUCUGGGAGUUACAUUAUCAUUGAUAUAAUCACCCAUAGCCCUGGUGAGUGGCACAGUGUCAGGUUGGGACACAGUGGGGUACUGGGCUCUUAUUGUAUGCAGUUGACUUGACCAGGCUGUAAUCUUGUCCCCUUGAUUUGGGGAUAAUGUGGGCGAAGGCUGUGAGUGUGUGUUUGCUGGCUUUUGCAUGUGGUUUGGUCCACCGCCUGUAUCCUGGCAUCACUGAGGACACUCUGAGCUACCUCUCGGACUCUGUAAAAAGCCUUCCCUGUUUGAAGUUUUCCUCCUCUCCGAGCUUUGAAGAAGGCCUCUCAUCUGCAUGGGACAGUCUCAUAGUGGAACCCAGAAAGCAAUGGGGGAAGGUGGCCAUAGGGGUGAACGCCUGUGUGGAUGUAGUACUUUCUGGGGUGAGUUUGUUGCAGGCGUUGGGUUUAAGCCCCCAGUCCGCAGGUGAUCAUGCAGUCCUGAACAAUCUGGAAGAGCUUGCCAGUACCUUCAUGCACUAUAUGCAGCGAGGGGCGGCUGCCGAGCGGUUCUAUAGUGAUGCCGUCAGCUUCCAGCACAUUUCCAGCACUGCCUCCAAGAAUCCUGCGGCCCAGCACUUUGUAGGGGGUAAUGCAGCUCUCAUCGCUCAGAGAAUGGCAGCACACCCAGGCAUGGAGGUACUUCUUUGUGGUCCAAUUGGCCCCAAACUUCAUGAACUGCUGGAUGAGCGAGUCUUGGUGCCCUCCGCAUCCUUGCAGGAACAGGACGAGUUUCAUUUGAUAUUGGAGUACAAAGCAGGAGAAAACUGGGGAUCUAGCCGUGCUCCAACCGCCAACAGGUUUAUCUUCUCCCAUGACCUGUCCAAUGGAGCAAUGACAUCACUAGAGGUCCUUCUAGCCAGCCUGGAAGAGUUCCAGCCAAACUUACUGGUCUUGUCUGGGCUCCAUAUGAUGGAAGGUCUAAGCCGUGAGAACAGGGAAACCAGGUUAAAAGAAGCUGCAUCAUCUAUUUCAGACAUUCCUUCUGAUAUCAUCAUUCACCUUGAAUUGGCCAGUAUGACUGAUGGUGACCUGAUGAGAGGCAUUAUCUACCAGCAGGUCUUCCCACUGAUCAGUUCUUUGGGACUCAACGAACAGGAACUUCUGUUUCUUAGCCAGUCUGCUGCCGGCCCUCAUUCUUCCCUGCAAGCGUGGUCCGGAAUCCCAGAUGUUGGAAUGGUCAGUGACAUUAUAUUCUGGAUCCUUCAAGGGUAUCACCAAGGAGCCUCCACCCUGACACGGGUUCACUUUCACACUUUGGCUUACCACAUUCUGGCCACCAUUGAUGGGUUCUGGGCCAAUCAAGUAUCUGCAGUAGCUGCUGGUGCCAGAGUUGCUGGUGCCCAGGCUUGUGCAAGUGAAACUAUUGAUCCAGCUAGAGUGAUGUUGAAGAGCCCGCUUGAGUUUUCCUCCUCUCGAGCUGAAGAGGGCAGCACUAUUAAGGUGACUGCGAAGGAACCCGUAGCCACAUGGAAAAGAGGAGAUAUCACCUUUUACUUCACACCUGUUCUUAUCUGCAAGCAGCCUGUUAGGACAGUGGGUCUAGGUGAUGCUAUUUCUGCAGAGGGACUCUUGUUCUCAGAGGCAUUGUCAAUGUGAGGUUUCUCUCUAGUGCUUAUAUGGGCAUAGCUGCAGUUGUCGUCAUGAGUCUGGGUCAAAUGGGUAUUCGAGAGCAACUCCAAGCAACCGUCGCAUCAUAUUUUAGAAUCCUUGUGUUGUGAAUUAAGGUUGAAUUCUAGACUUUUGUGCAGGUAUCUCAAUUUAAAUGCCUCUACAACAGUGUGUUUUGGAAGGCUGAUCCCGUGCUACUACUUAAUUGCCGUUUACUUUCCGGGUUUUCAAUUUUUUUUUCCAAUUUUUUUUAUAAAUAACAUGUUACCAACUAACUCUGCCUCUAACUAAGCAUUAUCUUAUCACCCUAAAUCCUUGUGGAGCCUGCUGAACUUGACCUAGGAGUAAUAUAUCGCAACUGCACCUGUGCAACACAACAUCCCCUUCUGUUUCUACAGAAUUUUAGGGAAGCCAAUGCAUCCAAUAGAGUUUUGCAUCCUUGACUUAUUCACUGCCAGAGGUGAACAGUGCAUUACCAUAUAAAGCUUGGCUUACCUAUUUGAUACUAAAGACGUUAACAAUGUAAUGACGCAUUUAGAAGUUGUGAAGGAAAUAGCGUUUUAAUGAAAGUUGUUCUUUUUAUAGCCUCGCGUUUCUAUGUUGUAUUUCAGUUAUAAGUUACAGCAGAAUUGUGAUUUUGCUUGACAUCUCUCCAGCAAGAAAUUGGGGUUAACAGUCUGUGUCCCACCUCCUAUUGUUUAUGAAUAUUUUACCUCUGGUGGGUACCGGACUGCGCUCCUGUAUGGGGUCAGCACUGAAAUCAUUCCAUAAUUAAUUUCUUGAGCAGUAAAGAUGUCUUAGUUUUUCAUCAAGGGAAUAGUUACAUAUAUACAUAUAAAAUACUAAAUGAUCCGUUCUCCUUAAUAUGGACUAUAUUUAUUUAAAAUGGCAAACUAUGAGAUCUGCCUGAUUUACUUUCUACUGCGGCACAAAGCAUUGCAUUUCGAUUGGUUGUCAGUAAUUUGUUUGGCAGCCAAUCAAAAUAAAGCUGGUGUUAAAAUCAUGUAACUGACGGCAGCUUUUGAUAUGCGGUGAAGUGCAGAGAUAAUGUUACAUUAAAAGUAAAAAUAGGCAUGUUUCGACAUACUUUUCAUUACUUUCAGAUAAACUGGACUUGAUGUGUUGCUAUUCUUUUCAAAUGCUACUAAGCUUUAAAACUAGUAUUUUGUCUUCUUAUUGAAUCAGCAGCUAUUUUUACAAUGCUUCUCAGGUCAUGGAACAUGAAAUUCAAUUUCUUAAAGCCCAUGCUGUGUUCACCCAACCCCCCAAUUCUUUAUAAUUCAAUAUAAGGUUAUAGCAGGUCAUUGCUGUUACAAUGAUUUUUAUAGCGCCAACUUAUUCCACAGGGCGGUACAGUAGAUAAAGAAAUACAAACGAUUAAUUCCAACAAAACACGUUUGGACAUAUGAGAACAGUAAGUGAAGAGGGCUCUGCCCAAAGGAGCUUACAAUAAGAAUAUUGUUCCCACGCUGAGAGACAUUUUGGAGUUAUUUACUGAAACUGAAUCGUGGAGAAUUGACGAGGCAUUUGCAAGUUUUAAAUAGUGCAGAGGAUUUUUCAAGUUUGGUUAUUUGCACCUAAAAUUGAAACUUCCCUGUCAAUUCUUCACCAUUCCCAAUUUAGUGAAUUCGGUUUUAUUUGUUUUUUUUUCAUUGGGAUUGCUCUAAAUAGUGAGUCUUUUCAGCCAGUGUCUGAAGGAAUGAGAUCUGAUAUUCCAAGAUUAUUUUGAUUCCCAUAUACGUUAAAAAUGUCUGCACUUUUGUUUUGAUAAACGUAAUGCUAUUUUUAAAGUUUCAGUACGCCUGUGAAUUAUUAACCUGUCUUCCCCUGAUUGCCUGUUACACACUUCCUAGUGUUUAAUAUUCCGAUUCUAACCUCUCAGACAUACAUUCCCGGCAUUUACUCUCUUUUUAUAGAUCACAAACUUUUACCUUUUUUUUGUUUUUGUGAAACAUUUAUUACAAAAAAAAAAUUAUUGUGGAGGACCAAAAAAGUUUGCUUAAAAUAUAUCCUUACCCAUUAUUUUAGUAUUUUAUUUUAUUUUCUGGGGGUAGAAUUAUAGAGAGAAUUCUUUUUUUUUUUAAUCUUUGCACUUCUUUCAAGAAUAAUUAGGUCAUUUAUUUACUCAAAAUUUGGUGUUAUAUGCAGUACUUUUUACCAAAAACCUUUUGGUGAACUAUUUAUAUUUAUUAUUAGAAGUGCUACGUGAUAAAUCCUAGGUAUAGCAAGUGGGUAAAAUUGUCGUUUCUAGAGCCGUGCCCACAAUUGUUUACUGUAGUGGUUAUGGUUCUAAGAGAUGUGGGUGCUGACGUUUAGGAUUUUGUCUGUUUCAAUGGUUGGACCAAAUCCUGAGAAGUCCCCAGCAGUCUCAUUCUGGGGUGAUCUAACUUUCUCAUUAAUUGUACAAACCAGAGGCCAAAUUGCACUAUACCUCAUUGCUCCGAGGAAGUUGGAUUUCACCAGGGUCAUGUUACACAGUAAGUAGGUGGAAUUCUUUUUUUCAAAGCCAGACGAAAAUGGCUUGACAAUAGCCAGACUGCACCAAAGACCGUACCAUAAGCUAAAGCGUUAUGAUGUUUGGAGUGUCCUUUUAAACGCAGCAAUUUCAGAUGGUUAAAUGCUUCCCAUAAAGCAGUCAUUUCUGGUUUUUAGUCCCUCUUUUAUCACUUAAUAUAGACAAAGUGUUCGCUAGCCGAGCACUCCUAACUUCUUCAUUCUGGCAAAUGACAUUUCUAGAUGAUAACUCCCUCUUCGUGACCUUUUAAUCUGUCUGUUUAAUCACUGGAAAACGUUGCGUUUUUGUAAUAUAUUUGUGAACAAUGCUUUGUAACU